UUAGAUUCUCCUGUGGCAGUAAAAUCUGACACGGGUUUAAAUAAUAUAUUCUGAGAUGUUUGAUUCAUACUCUGUAAAAACUCGUGAGUAGUCACAUCACAGUAAUAAUAACUCGAGCUGCAUUAGGCCCUUGCUGGAAUAGCAAGGAAAAGAAGUAUUGGCAUUUAUGAUUUGUUUUAGGUUAUCGUUAGUUAGUUUUUUCUUUUAAGUAUCAUCAAUACUUUGUUAGCACUGUUUUUUCACAGAAUAUAAACCCUCUUUGUAAUAACGAAAUUCAGUGAAUGAAGCUUUUUUAAAGUGAGAAGCUUUCUCUUGUUUUGGUUUCUCGUUAGAGCCAUGGCAGACAACACCAUGUCCUUUCUCUUUACCAUCAUCAUCAGCUUUGGCUUCUGCGUUCUUUAUGCAUCUGCAGAACUACAGAGAUUUGCACUCUCUUCUAAACACGACGGUUCUCUUAGCUUCUUGGUGCUUGGUGACUGGGGAAGAAGAGGUGCUUACAACCAAUCACAAGUUGCUUUCCAGAUGGGAAAGGUUGGAGAGAAGCUUGAUAUCGAUUUUGUAGUUUCCACUGGAGACAACUUCUACGACAAUGGACUCACUAGUGACCAUGACAACGCUUUUGAAGAGUCAUUCACUAAAAUUUACACAGCAAAAAGCCUGCAAAAGCAGUGGUACAGUGUGUUAGGGAACCAUGACUAUAGGGGUGAUGCAGAGGCCCAACUGAGCCCGGUCCUUAGAGAAAUUGAUAGCAGAUGGCUUUGCCUAAGGUCUUUUAUUGUAGAUUCAGAGCUGGUUGAGAUUUUCUUUGUAGACACUACUCCUUUUGUUCACGAUUACUUCAUUCAACCACAGGAACACAAGUAUGAUUGGCGGGGCAUUGGCUCACAAAAACCUUAUAUUACAAACUUACUCAAGGACGUAGAAUUGGCACUGAGGGAAUCAACAGCAAGAUGGAAGAUUGUUGUUGGUCACCAUGCCAUUAGAAGUGUUGGGCACCAUGGUGAUACUCAAGAACUUAUAAAUCAGCUUCUCCCAAUCCUUCAGGCAAAUAACAUUGAUUUUUACAUGAACGGGCAUGAUCAUUGUCUUGAACACAUCAGUGACACAGAGAGUCCCAUUCAAUUUCUGACUAGCGGGGCAGGGUCAAAAGCUUGGAGAGGAGACACUAAACAAAUGAAUCGAAGAGACCUAAAUUUCUUCUAUGAUGGACAAGGCUUCAUGUCCGUGAAAUUGACUCAGACGGAUGCCUCCAUUGAGUUCUAUGAUGUUUUUGGCAACGUUUUGCAUAGAUUGACUUCUUCAAAACAGCUACAUUCUUCCAUGUAAAUAGACCAACCCAAAUUGGUUGAUGUAAUUUCAAACCAAUCCUUGAUGUCAUGUUUUUUAGUAUGUAUGAGAAAUGAAAAUACUAUGGGCCAAAUCCCAUUCUUUAUUGUGAUUCAUUCACCGCA